AUGGUGGCCGAAUCGGAAGACCUACAGGACUCUAAACCAACUAAGUAUAUUCUGUCCUCAAUCACAUGCCACAAUCCGGACUGUAGAUAUCUAGGUAGGGGUCUCUGGGAGGAACUAAGUCAGUGUACAGCGCCAUCGGCGGUAUCGAGUGCUCGUACACUUCAGGACGAUGUCAGCUUGGGAGAUACGAAGGAAAAACCAUUUCAGGAUAAAAAACCAUCGCGAAAAGUUCAAUCGGCAGCAACCAUUCAUCCGGGUACCUUAGAUUCGCCGACAAACGAGCAGAAUCGGCCCUCAACGUUCAACUUUAUUCCACAAGUAUUGUGGCAGAAUCUGCCAUCGUUCUUCUUCGGGGGUCGCAGAAUGGGUUCCAAGACACCAGACGGCACCCUCGAAUCAGACUACUCGUUCCCUCUCAUCCCAUACCAAUCGCUCCCCAGCAAGAAACGACCGAAAGCCGGCGAGUUGAUCGAGCUCGCCUCCUUCGGAAUGGUGGAGAUUGAGAACAUCGAACGGCGGGGUUCGGGCCAUGAAUUUCUGACGGCAGCUCUCGACCACCCGGCGUGGUGUGAUCGUUGUGGAGACUUGAUUUGGUGUGUCGGUAUAGGCCAGUUAGCCCAGUGCAGCAAAUGCAAGUUCACUUGCCAUACGGGCUGUUUACAGUUCAUCACCGUGGACUGUCAACCGCAGCCUCCCGUUGCAUCCAAAGUGGAAAAAGUAGAGAGAUCCCCCUCACCACUGAGCCUUCUCAAUCUCAGUAGGGAGGAGGUUAUGCACCUCAUCAACAAACACAACCGACGAUAUCCAGACUUAGAGAUGAGCCUUUCUCCCGAUGAUCAUGCGGGACCCAUGGUAGUCACGGGCUUCAUUCGGGUAUGCAUGAAUUUGAUGAGGCCAAUCAACGUCAUAUCCGGAACUAGACCCCCGUCGAUCUACGACGCCCUCAAGCAAGACGAUACUCUGGUCGAGAACCGAACACUGACGUCGUUCUAUCUCCCGAUGGACACCAUGAAAGCCCUACAUGUUGACUCUGAAAUGACUGCUCAGACUGUUAUAGUCACAUUGCUGCGCAAAUUCAAGGUCGCCGACUCCCCGCUGAAGUACGCUCUAUAUGAAAGCUAUAUGGAAGGCGAGGAUAAGCUAAAGCUGCGACGAUUGGCAGAUGAUGAAAUACCUCUCGUUUUGACCCUGACUUGGAUGGACAAGGGCCUCACCGAUCGCCAGUUCCUUCUCCAAGAGAACGACGGCGCGGACAUCAAUUGGGAGAUGUUCGCUCCCCCAGAGCUAGAAAACUUCAUGAAAAUUUUGGACAUGGAAGAAGCGGAAUAUCUCCGCCAGAUCAGAUUGAAAUACGCUUCGACUCAGGAUAUCAUCAAGAAGCUAUUGCUGCAGAAGAUGCCACGCAGUCCGACUCACGAAGACGAGAAUUAUUAUUAGUCGAGCGAUUCCAUGCCGAAAACGAUGUCCGUUCCACGUAAUUUGUUUGAGUAUAGUUUUGACCAUCUGUACAUGAAACGAUUCCCACUCUCUAAGUCAUUCACUCCCGAUGUGAAGUCUGGCUGAUGCGCCUGUACAAAGAUCGAAAGUGUUGUAAAAAUAAUAUAAAUCAAGAAUGAGAAUUUCCAA